AAGAAACGCCGUUACCGUCCUGGAACACUGGCUUUACGCGAAAUACGAAAGUAUCAGAAAAGCACAGACUUGCUACUUCGAAAACUGCCAUUUGCCCGCGUGGUGCGAGAAAUCGCCUUGGACAUGAUAACAGACACCAACAACUAUGGUGAGGGGGCAGGGUUGCGUUGGCAGAGCUCGGCUAUCAUGGCUUUACAAGAAGCUACAGAAGCAUUCCUUGUUCACCUCUUUGAAGACGCUAACCUAUGUGCAAUUCAUGCAAAACGCGUAACAAUCAUGCAGCGUGACAUACAACUUGCUCGAAGAAUACGGGGUCCAUGGGGUGGUCUGGCAUGA